AUGUUACUUCUUAAGAGAGGAGUAACUCGACGUUUCGGUGUUGACCCGCCACAAGUGGAUAGAUACAAAGGAGGACAAGCGCGUGGGAUCUGCUUUGUAGGUUUGGUUCAACUUUUGGAGAAUCCGUUCCAUAGCGACGUGUACUUGAUGGCGGCGAAGGCCGACCCGUCGUCGAGACUCGAUCGGGUGCUUGUGCUCUACAGGCAACGUGCUCCUUCCGCCUUACAAUACAAAGGCGUCACUUGUCCUCGUUUGGUUAACGGAGCUUCAUCUAGACAUCCCUUUACCAUCGGCACAGGAAAAACGCUAACAGACGAUUUGAAUUUCUUUUUGGUUGCACAUAUCACUUCUCAAAAGAAUCCCGGUAUUUUGCUCGAAGAUUAA